UAAAUUCAAAACACCAUUUUCAGCACCAACUACUAUCCAGAUCCUCCCUUAAACUACCAUUCAUCGAUACCACCCAAGACCUCGAUCAUCUCUAUAAAGUACUCACUCAUUCACCUUCCAGCCUUCAAUCAACUGCUGGGUGGAACACCAUCAAUUCUUCUCAUUCCAGAGCAUGGAGGUCAGAGCUAGAGCUCCUGGCAAGAUCAUACUCGCCGGAGAACAUGCCGUUGUCCAUGGAUCUACAGCCGUCGCCUCCUCCAUUGGCCUAUUUACAUCUGUCUCUCUUCGCUUUCCCUCACCUUCUGAUAAUGAUGAUACCCUCACACUCCAUCUCACGGAUGUGGGCCUAGACUUUUCAUGGCCAGUUGGAAGAAUCAAAGAGGUAUUACCUGGUUCAGUCAACAGUAUUGUAUCCUCACCCACGACCUGUUCUCCGGAGACCGUUAAACACAUUGCAACUCUAGUGGAAGAACAUAAAAUUCCAGAGGCAAAAACUGGAAUUGCUUCUGGCGUUAUUGCUUUUCUAUGGUUAUACACCUCUAUCCAAGGGAAUAAACCAGCAACGGUAACUGUUUCUUCUAAGCUUCCUUUGGGUGCAGGAUUGGGGUCAUCUGCAGCAUUCUGUGUCUCACUCUCUGGCGCCUUGCUUGCUUUAUCAGAUUCUGCAAAAGUUGACUCUAGCCAAGAGGGAUGGAUUGUAUUUGGAGAAAAAGAGCAGCAAUUAGCAAACAAAUGGGCUUUUGAAGGUGAAAAGAUUAUUCAUGGGAAGCCUUCUGGGUUAGACAACACAGUCAGCACAUUUGGAAAUUUGAUAAAGUUCAAGUCAGGUGCCUUGACAUGCAUGAAAUCAAAUAUGACACUUAAGAUGCUAAUUACUAACACAAAAGUUGGGAGAAACACAAAAGCACUAGUUGCAGGGGUUUCAGAACGCAAGAACAGGCAUCCUGAUGCUAUGACGUCUGUAUUUACCGCCGUUGAUUCUAUCAGUAAUGAACUGGCUUCAAUAAUCCAAUCAUCUUCCAAUAAUGAUCUUGACAAGGAACAGAGAGUAGAAGAGUUGAUGGAAAUGAAUCAAGGUUUGCUCCAAUGCAUGGGGGUCAGCCAUGCUUCUAUUGAAAUGGUGCUGCGGACAACAUUGAAGUAUAAACUAACUUCCAAAUUGACAGGAGCUGGUGGAGGUGGAUGUGUUCUAACUCUGUUACCAGCACUAUUGUCUGCAACAGUUAUCGGCAAAGUGAUCGAGGAGCUAGAGCAAUGUGGAUUCCAAUGUUUCAUUGCCGAAAUCGGUGGGAACGGGCUCGAGAUCUGCUUCGAUGGUCAGUCAUGAUUCUUCCAUUUAUAACCAUCUUACCUGUAACAAAUAAUGCAGAGAUGGUGAUUCUUAACUGUUGGAACAGUUUUCAUUCUAGUUGUUGUAAACACUAGCUAGCUAGCUACUGCUGCUGCUGCUGAUGAUGAUUUAGCUUUCAUGUUGUUUGAAAUAAUAUAUGUACAAAUGCUAUUCUGCCAUCCAUCUAUAGUGAAAAAGCCCUUGAUUCAGC